CCGGAGGAGGUUGACGCCUUCUAGCGGCGCAGCUGACCGCCUCCCAGCGCCACUGCGCCGGCGCUCGCCUCCCCGCCAGAGUGAAAGUUGUGUCCGCCCGGGGAAGCUGCGGGUCUCGCUGUUUUCCUCGCGCCCUUCGCUCUAUCGUGGAAAUAAUGAGGCGGAAAGAGAAACGGCUGCUGCAGUUCGUGGGUCUGUUGGUGGUGGCUCUGCUCUUCCUGCCGAACGUCGGGUUGUGGUCUCUGUACCGGGACCGGGUCUUCGACAACUCGCCGGACGCAGCGGACGGUCCUGGCGGCGUCCCCGUGGUGCAGGGGGUGCACCGGCCGGCCAGGGACAACCCAGUGGGACGAGACGGCGUCCGGAGGACAGACUGGCACGACUACGAGGCGAUCAAAAGAGACGCGGCGAGAUCGGGAAACGGUGAGCAAGGGAAGCCUUUUCCUCUGACCGACGCCGACAGGGUGGACCAGGCUUACCGAGAGAACGGCUUCAACAUCUAUGUCAGUGACAGGAUCUCGCUAAACCGCUCCGUCCCAGACAUCCGACAUCCAAACUGUAAACACAAGCUGUACUCGGAGAAGCUCCCCAACACCAGCAUCAUCAUCCCCUUCCACAACGAGGGCUGGUCCUCUCUGCUCAGGACCGUCCACAGCGUCCUCAACCGCUCGCCGCCACAGCUCAUCGCCGAGAUCAUUCUGGUGGACGACUUCAGCGACAAAGAGCACCUGAAGGGGGCGCUGGAAGAGUACAUGCAGCGGCUGCCCAAAGUCCGGAUCUUGAGGACCAAAAAGAGGGAGGGUCUGAUCCGAACCCGGCUGCUUGGGGCCAAUGCGGCUAAAGGGGAAGUCAUCACCUUCCUGGACUCACACUGUGAAGCCAACGUCAACUGGCUGCCCCCCCUGCUGGACCGGAUCGCCCAGAACAGGAAGACCAUCGUGUGCCCGAUGAUCGACGUCAUCGACCACGACAACUUUGGCUACGAGACCCAGGCGGGCGACGCCAUGAGAGGAGCCUUCGACUGGGAGAUGUACUACAAGAGGAUCCCCAUCCCAGCCACCCUGCAGAAGGACGACUCGAGCGAGCCGUUCGAGUCUCCGGUGAUGGCGGGCGGACUGUUCGCAGUGGACAGGAAGUGGUUCUGGGAGCUGGGAGGAUACGACAGUGGUCUGGAGAUCUGGGGAGGGGAGCAGUACGAGAUCUCCUUUAAGGUGUGGAUGUGCGGCGGCCGGAUGGAGGACAUCCCUUGCUCAAGGGUGGGACACAUCUACAGGAAGUACGUGCCCUACAAAGUCCCGGGCGGCGUCAGUCUAGCUCGAAACCUGAAGCGGGUCGCCGAGGUCUGGAUGGAUGAGUACGCUGAGUACAUCUACCAGCGCCGACCCGAGUACCGCCACCUGUCGGCCGGAGACAUGACGGCGCAGAAGGAGCUGAGGACUCGACUCAACUGUAAGAACUUCAAGUGGUUCAUGAGCGAGGUGGCCUGGGACCUGCCCAAGCACUACCCGCCGGUGGAGCCCCCUGCUGCCGCCUGGGGAGAGGUCCGUAACGCUGGGAGCGGCUUGUGUCUGGAGAACAAACACUUUGUGUCCGGCAGUCCGAUCCGGCUGGAAAACUGUGUCAAAGGUCGCGGAGACGUCAGCUGGGCCCACGGACAGGUCUUCACGUUGGGCUGGAGGGAGGACAUCCGGGUGGGCGACCCCAUGCACACCAAGAAGGUCUGCUUCGACGCCGUGUCCCAGAACAGCGCGGUGACUCUGUACGACUGUCACGGCAUGAGGGGGAACCAGCUGUGGCGAUACAGGAAGGACAAGAGCCUCUACCACCCGGUCAGCAACAGCUGCAUGGACAGCAACCCCAACGAGCGGCGCGUCUUCAUGAACGCGUGCAACCCGGCGUCACCGAGUCAGCAGUGGCUGUUUGAGAGGACCAACAGCACCGUGCUGGAGCGCUUCAGCGGCUGAACUCUGCAUGGAGCUCGCCGCCACGGGUUCCACUCCGGGUCUCUGUUUACGAGCGUCCCACCCUGAGGGACGGCGCCACAGAUGUGAAGUGUUCUGAGCUCACUGUGUCCUGGCCCGCCCCCUUUCCUCGUCCCACCUGCUGAUGUAGUUUCAUGUCUCUCGGUCACUUUAAUUCUAGGAGGCGUCCGGCUAUCAAGGGCUCCUCGGGACCAUCGCCAUGGAUGUGUCCUCUGUGGUCGCCGCCCGGACGCUUUCGGGUGGAGGGUUUUAAAUGCACUUGUGUAUCUGCUGACUUGAACAAAUCUUAGUGCCUUGUAGGGAGGGGACUCCGUGUUUGUAUGUGGCCAUGGAUUUACGAACUCCUGUGCAGCACCGUGAACGCACCGCCAGGAACAUGCUGCUGUGUUUUUCUUUUGUUUUUUUCUUUUAAAGUUCUCAUGGGUUCAGCUGCCACACAAGGCUAAGAAACAUUUUGAAUUAUUGAAAUACAUUUUUCAGCAGCUAAUGCUAACAGUAAAUGAAACACCAAACGCAAGAUCCUUUGGUUAAGUUGCUAACCGUAAAAUGCUAACAAAGUUUUACGUAAAUUGUUGGUGCUCUGGGUUCAUCUGAACAAACAAACACAUUAUUCUGUAGUUCUUUACAAAGUUUGCCAUGAAUCGUGUGCGGCGUGCACGUUAGCGACACAGCUAAUGAAGCUACUCCACUGGCAUCACUGUUCCAAAUAUCAGUUUUUUUCAUCGUUAAACUUUUUUAAAUUGAGACUAGAAAGACGAAGAUGUCUCUGAUCCUGGUUGAACCUUAGAUGAUGUGUUGACUCUUCCGUCCACCUGAUGUGGCCCUGUGUCUCAGCGUUCGUCUCUGGUGUGAAGGUGAGGUUGGGGUUUGUUUUUGUGUUUGUGAUCUUCAUUUUCCAUCGUCGUCCUCACCCCAGCAUCUUACAAGCGUCUUUCUCAUCCCACCUUUCUUAAAGCUGAGCUUUAAGUACAGAUUUAUGAGGUCUUUAUUGAAGCUUGUCCGGAGUGAACCCGAACAGAUCCAGCUAACAACUCCGGUUUUAAUAGUUCUGUGGUGGAUGUCUAACAUGACAAUAAAUUAUAUUUUUGAAUGAAGAAGUUACAGCUGAAAACAGCUACCCUCAGACCUUCUCUUGGUUGACAAAGCUUCAUUUUCACAUCCCUCCAGAUGGCGCUCUCUGCAGUCUAUGAGCAACUAUUUUAGUGAACGUCACUUUAUUUUUUAAAUUUAGAGUGCCGCCUACUGAGGUUUUGAUGUGUAAUAUUUUAUGGUUUUUACCGCCUGUUAUUUUCACACGUUGAAUGAAAGUGAAAGUUAA